AUGCCCGAGCCUCCGAGUGAGUUCUCGGGUUCGAUACAAUCCAUCCGUCGCUCCGUCACUCUCCCUACGAAGUUAAAUCCGCAGGCACGUCGUGGUUCGGGCGCGCCAAACAUUGGAGAAAACGUCAUCUUCUAUCAUCCCUCGGCCAAGAUUGUCCAUUUCGCUCCCAGGGCUCUCGUGCCAAUCCCAUCGAGUACCGCGCCGACCGAUUUUGACUACCCCGUGGAUACCAUUGAGACACUCCCAUGGCGCUCGGCCUCUGAACGAACCGUCGCAACGGCGCCGCUGAGGCUGGAAAGGGUUCAUGGGUUGACUGUAUUUUUAAAAUGCGGCAAUGUUGUCCACGCGAUCUUGAAGAACUCCCAGUGCUGGUGUGUUGACGGCGUGUCAAAGUUUGUUUUGCGCAUUCGCCCUCUCACCUAUUAUCGCAUUGAGCUGCCGUAUGAAACGGAGGAGGAUAAAAUAUCGGUGGGGGACUUGAAAGUCGCACUGCCUACUGUACUCCGAUAUGAAGUCACGCCAUGUCCUUUCAAGCGCGCGUUCACUGUCGAGAUUCCGGAGGAUGCGAUGGCGCCUCGUCGCAAAAAGGCUUGGCGACCAAAAGACCGCAAAGAUAGUCUUCUUUCAGCCCUCAACAGCAACCAGAGCUCGCCAUCUGAAGGCCGGUCAGAAUGGCUCGACUCCGCCAGCACCGGCGAUGACACCGAUGGAGGCGCCACGGAUGAUAGUAGUAGCAACGGACCCAAGGCUGCUAAAAGUACGACACCGGAGCUCUCACCAGCUGGCGACCAGUCCCCGAUUUUCACCAAUACAUUUGAGCUUCCUAUACGUUCAAAAUCCACUAGGCGUUCAGUGACUGAAAUCCCACACACUUUCACCAGCCUACGCGCAAAGUUUGACUCGAGUCCAGUGCCGGGAGAAAGUUCUAUUCCAGAAGAACGCCUGGCUCCGAACGAGACCGAGACCUCAGGACAGGACUCGGCUUCAGAAUUGGCCCCAGAUUCCGAGGAAGCUCCAGUGUUAGAAGACAGGCCCAUAUCUCCUGGACCUCCAGUUCAAGAAGACGCAUCAGCUCAAGAUGAUGUUCCUACUCCGAGAAAAAUUUCGGCUCAAGAUAAUACAUCUAUACAAGAAGAGACUCUAGUCAAAGACGAAGCCUCUACUGUACAAGAGACAAACCCGGUCGCAGCUUCUCUUGCUUUGAGGUCCGGGGAGGAGCCUUCAACAUCAACAGAAGCUUCAGCCUCAGGUCCUGCAGCUCCAGAAGAUGAUCCAUCGACAGAAACUGAACCACAAAUUGAAGGUUCGAUUACCAAGGCUGUAGUUUCAGAAGUUGCUCCCGUUCCCCACGAGUGUCUUGCAUCUGAGAACCCUGUAGUCUUGGGAGAGACUUCCGCUUCAGACACGGAUUAUGUUACAGACACCCCUGCCGCAGAUGAACUCCCCGUCCCGGCCGAGGCCACGGUUGCAGUGGAGAGUCAUGUUCGAAAUCUUUCGGAUUCGGAGGUCCCGAUUUCGAAACCACACUUAUUUUCCGACCGUGAACCGGAGGCCGAUCAUGACGAUUCGUUGUUGUCUACACCUGAUUCAUUCCACUCAGCAGACCUUACUUCGCCGUCGGAUUCGAUAUCCACUCAUACCACUCCGGAAAAGCACCGUGAUAUAACUCAAUCAGCAACGUACCCAUCUCAACCCCCUGAGAAGUUUCCAGCGCAUAAAUUGGAUGUGUCCCCAGUACAGGACACUUCAAGGAGCAAUGGUUCCCCCGUUGUGUCUCCGAAUUUUGCCUAUUACGAAUUUUCAGAGAGGCCCUCAAAGCCUUCUUUAGCCAUCCCACCGAACAGCAAGAAGGACUCUCAGCCUAUCGCCAAGGGGGCAUCUCCCCCGACGGAUUUCAACCAUAUGAGUACCGAGUUCCGCCGCCGGGCGCAAGCAACACGGCAGCGCGACGUCUCCCCGAUGCCUCCUCCUUCCGCGAUCUACCAACCAAACCCAGGCGCGGAAGCCAAAUCUAUCCUUUCGAAGACACUGGCACUUGUACUCGUCCCGCCAAUUUCGCUCUUUAUCAUUCUGCUCCACAUCACGGCGCGCAUUGUCAUCAGCCCGGCUGCGACGUUGUCUUCAGGAGAGUCCGGUUCACGCUCACGUUCAUCCAAAAAAGAGCCCGUGACUGAGGAGGACGACUUCAGUUUCCCUCUGGAGCGUGAGCCGUCCUCUGAGUACGAGGAUGCCGAGAUAACCCGGAAGUUAGACCCCUGGGACCUCGACUAA